GGUCAGUAUUGUACCAGGGCUUUCAUGGGAAGGGGAAUUAAAGCGAGACUUGAUGGAAACGGAGGCUGGGUGGAGUAAAUAGUUUAAAAGGGUGGAGUGUGGUAGAUGCUGGACCAGUUUGUGGGCAAGGGGUAGUGCCUGACUUAAGAAGAGGCAAGGUUAAUGAUCACACCCCCUUUUGUGGCCUGGCUGGGAGAAGCAGGUAUUGGGAGAACAAGGCUAUUUAUAUCAGGAAAAGAGAGGCUGAUCAUUUGUCAGAGCAGGUGUCUCACAAGAAGGGUGGGUUCUGAUAGUAAUUGGUAUAUCAGAUGCAAGGGGAAAGAGAGGGUUUCAGGAUAAUACCAGGGUGGAAAGAAAAGCAGAGGUUAAUUAUCAUGAUAACAAAUAUAGGGUAUCCAGUUGUGAAUCAGGCUUUAGGGAGAAAGGGAGUAUAAUAAAAAUAGGGGGAAAAUUAAAACCUACAAUAAAGGAUGGUUCCUAAACCCACCCACAGUAUCCCUGAAUUGGGAAGUGAGCCCCAAGUUAGCCCUGCUUGUCUUGUUUAAUUUGACCAUUUAGACAGGGAAAGCUAAAAUCCAUAAGGGAUGGAAGGGGAGGAAAACAGCGGUCCUCCCUCCUCAGGAGUGUUUGCAGACUGGAGUUUGGCCUUUUGGACUCUGUGCUCAGUGAUCCUGCCAGUAGUGAUCACCUUGUGGUGCAGUUUCCAGCGAUCCCGGAGGCAGGUGCUGAGGCGAGACAUCUUCCGCAAGAGCAAGCACGACUGGCAUUACACAGAUCUCUUUGGCCAGCCCACCUAUUGCUGUGUGUGUGCCCAGCACAUUCUCCAGGGAGCUUUUUGCAACUGCUGUGGGCUGUGUGUCCACGAAGGGUGUCUCAAGAAGGCCGACCGGCAUUUCCUCUGCAAGGAGAUUAUGAUGAGGAGCAAUGGUGAAGCUCACACCUCUAUGGCACAUCGCUGGAUCCGAGGCAACGUCCCGCUGUGCAGCCAUUGUGUCGUAUGCAAGCAGCAGUGUGGCAACCAGCCCAAGCUUUGUGACUACAGGUGCGUUUGGUGUCAGCACACUGUACAUGAUGAAUGCAUGCAGAAUUCUUUAAAGAGCGAGAAGUGUCGUUUUGGAGAAUUCAGAAACUUAAUUAUUCCACCAUAUUACUUAUCCACCAUUAAUCAUAUGCGUAAGGAUAAAAGAAUUGAUUAUGGAAAGUUGGCAUCCUCCUAUUGUAAACACUGGACCCCAAUAAUAAUCCUGGCUAAUACUCGUAGUGGAAACAACAUGGGCGAAACAUUGUUGGGAGAGUUUAAGAUUCUCUUAAACCCAGUUCAGGUUUUUGAUCUGAGCAAAAUUUCACCUGCCAAAGCACUCCAGCUUUGUACCUUGCUGCCUUAUAAUUCUGCUAGGGUACUUGUCUGUGGUGGGGAUGGCACAGUGGGCUGGGUCCUGGAUGCAAUUGAUGAAAUGAAGAUAAAGGGACAAGAACGGUAUAUUCCACAAGUUGCAAUCUUACCUCUCGGAACAGGUAAUGACCUGUCUAAUACGUUGGCUUGGGGUGCAGGUUAUGCUGGAGAAGUCCCAGUGGAACAAAUUUUACGAAAUGUAAUGGAGGCAGAUGGAAUUAAACUAGACCGAUGGAAGGUUCAGGUAACAAAUAAAGGAUACUACAAUUUAAGAAAACUAAAGGUGUUCACAAUGAACAACUAUUUUUCCAUAGGACCUGAUGCUCUCAUGGCUCUCAACUUUCAUGCGCAUCGUGAGAAGACUCCCUCUCUGUUUUCCAGCAGAAUUAUUAAUAAGGCUGUUUAUUUUUUCUAUGGAACCAAAGAUUGUUUAGUACAGGAAUGUAAAGAUCUUAACAAAAAGGUUGAGCUAGAGUUGGAUGGUGAGAGAAUCGAUCUGCCGAAUUUGGAAGGUAUCAUCGUCCUGAAUAUUGGAUACUGGGGAGGUGGCUGCAGAUUAUGGGAAGGAAUGGGUGAUGAGCCUUAUCCACUGGCAAGAUAUGAUGAUGGACUGCUGGAAGUUGCUGGAGUUUAUGGCUCUUUCCACUGUGCACAGAUUCAGGUGAAAUUAGCAAAUCCUGUUCGACUAGGACAGGCACACACUGUGAGGCUGAUUCUGAAGAAUUCAAAGAUGCCAAUGCAGGUGGAUGGAGAGCCAUGGGCACAGGGACCCUGCACUGUUACCAUAACUCAUAAGACACAUGCACUGAUGUUAUAUCACUCGGGUGAACAAACAGAUGAUGAUGCUUCCAGCAUGUCUGAGCAGGAACACACAAGGGAACAGACGGAUGAAGACAUAUAGGUUCUGAAGAAUUUUACAUAAUAUAUUAAUCAAGUCUCGUUAAAAAACUUAGAACAUUUAAUAUAUAUUUAACUAUCUCAAUAACUAUACCUUUAUGCAGUAAGGUGUAGACUUGUGAGUGGCAUAGGGGUAAAAAAAAAAAAAAAAAGCCAUGCUUUCAAGUAUUAAUGGAAAAUCCUCCAGACUAACCCUUAGCAAAACACUUAGGUGUAUACUAUCAAAAUGAAAAUCUCACUAUAACUUAAGCUGAUUUUUCUUAAGGCUAAAUGUCGUUUUAGUAUGUCUUGAGAAUACUAUUUUCUCUUUUAAAUAAGCAGUAUGUCUUACUCAGUUCAACAAUAUAUUGUGAGGUGCACAUAAAAGAAAUAGCGAAAUGUGACUUUGGGUAGCAUGACCAUCUUUUAAGACCUAUGUAAGAAGACUGUUUCUUUUGGUGACAAUAGGCAACACUUUAAAAACUGUUACAGAUAACUGAUCGUGUCUGAUGAUGAUCUGAAAAUAGCAACAUGGCAAGUCAGUCUGUGCCACCCCAUUGAUCAUAAAUACAUAUAUGAUCUGGUUCAGUAAAAAUGUAUUAUUUGCUAAAACAGAUGGAGAACAUAUGUCAAUUUUGCUUCCUGACUAGGUCAUGCAAGGUGAAUAAUAGUUUGCGGGAUUUAGAACUUUAUCUCCCAUUUAAAUUUAUGACCACAAAAUAACAUUAUUACAAACAAUGAUACAAAAAUUCAGAAUAGAUGUAACAGUAGAUAUAAACAUCCUGUUUAGGUAACCAUCAACAUUUCUCCAGGUAAAUAUUGAUCUAGGUGAAGCUUCUCAGGUUUAAAACUUCGUGGUCGCCUCAGCAGAAAUCAAUAUUUGCUCCUUAGUUAUUUUAUGAGUGAGUAAUUUAACCUACAAAGCCAAGAGCUUGAAGCUAAGGAGUAAACCUGUCACUAAUCAGUCCAGUUGAGCGCAUGUACUGCAGGUGAUCUCCAAACAGUAACUGAACUUAUAGUAGAUGUGUGCUGCAUAUGUUAAGCCCAGUGACAAGUUAAGGAAAGAGUCUUGGUCUAAACACUGAAUUUUCUUACCUCUUUUGUCAUUUUAAGCCAGUGCCCUCAAAUAACUUUCCUUUUGUUUUCUGUAUGCUAGUUUAAAGGGACACUGUCAAGUAGGGUAGGCCAUAUAUCUACGUUUUGUAAACCAAAUGGAAUUGUUUUACAGAAUCUUAAAAAAAAGUUUCCAUGGAUUACCUAAUGUUAAUGAAAACUUUUUUUUUAAUUUAUUUAAGCAUUUUUGUACAGGUUUAUGGAAAUCAAACACAACAGCAUUAUAUGCAUGCAUGAGAGACCAGGGAGUUAAACAGACUCUUUCUGGUUUAAAUUUUCCAUGCUGAGUGAAAUGCAAAAAGCAAACAUAGUUUAUAUGGUAAAAAGUUAAUCACAUUUUUGAAACUCUUCCAUUUUUAAUAAUCUUUCAAGAUAAAAAUAUGUUUUAACUUGACAGUGUCCCUUUUUAAAAGUUUACAUGCUAGAUUCUAAAUACUACUGACAUUAGUAAAUUCAUAUUUAGACAGAUUUGCAAGGUGUUCAUUAUAUAUGUGAUUAGAAUGUAAUGAAUUGUAAAUGUUGACAACAAAUGUAAAUUUCAUACUUGGUAGCCUUAUAGACCUUCUUUGAAUUUGUAAUUUAUCAUGUAAAUACACAGCGAUUUUGAGUCACAAAGGUCCACAUAAAAAGUAAAUUAAAAAUUCCUAAAGUAGAUAUACCAUGUUAUAGAUAGAUCCACUAUCCAAAUCUUCUCUAGUUAAAAUUGACUUUAGGUUAUACUAGCUUAAAAAUCAUUUUAAAAUGGUACGCCUCUAUUUUAUUUAUUUAUAUUUGAAUAACUUAUUCACACUUAUUUUUAAAAAUAUUUAUUUAAGUAUUAUGUUCUUAUCCUUGUGUACUAAUGUUUACAGGCAAGUUAUAAAGCUCUGUAAAAACUGGGUAUGUAUUUGGAAUGCUUUUUUCCUGGUCCUGGAGAGAGGGUAGAUUGAAAAUCCAUCCUGUCUCUAGAUCAGUGUUUCUCAACCUCUUUGACACCAGGGACUAGCUUGCUGCCUUCCUAAAUUGUGUCAGGGAGAUCUCAGGGACCUGCACCAGUCCAUGGACCAGUCAUUGAGAAACACUGCUGUAAAUGACAGCACAGUUGGUGAGAGUAAGUUGUCUCCCAAUUUGUUUUGUUCUUGGUUGGAGGAAGGAAACGUAGGUACAGCACUUCAGACAAUGGGGUAUUGGCCAGCAGGUACUGUAUGCAGACAAGCUGGAUCCUUCCACUGACUGCAACUCACUGAGCACUUCUCAGGAUCUGAUGCCAAUUGGGUGAAAUACUCUCUGGGCAGUACAAAUCCAUGAAUAGCUUUGUAGUACAGGAGGAGAAUGGGCAGUGAAGGUAACACUUCAUCUAAUACCUACUUAGUAAUUUUGGAGAGCUGCUUUCUGAGGAUGGCCCUAAUUGUCUCAGCCAAAUCAUUGCUCUUUGCAUGCUGAUGGGAGGAGAAUUAUGCUGCACGUAUGAGCAAUUAGAAGUGACUGAAUAGUUGAUGGGUAACAAAUUUAGAUAGUGUAUGCUUGAAAAGCCUUUCAGAAAACUCUAUUUGAGGAUUGGAGAAGAUUGCACUUGCUAUAAAUUUUUAUCUCAAAGUCAGAUAUGCCAUACCCACUUUUCCUGCAAUUGUCUCUAGUUGUCUACAGGUCAGAGGACUUUUUAAAAACAUAAAUGUUAAGGCUAGAGUUUAAAUAUGUCAAGUGAUCACAGGAAUCUUCCAAUUCCCAACUUACCACCCUGUGGGGUUUUUGGGGUUUUGUUUUAAACUUCUCUUGCUCAACUGUUUUAUUUUAAUCAAAACUUUUCAGUUCAUCAUAAAUUUAGAGUCAGAUUCAUGACUGUGAAUUUCUCCCUGUGCAACCACUUUAGUCUGACUGCAGAAGUUAUAAGUCAUUAUCAUUUGCCCCCCACGUCUAAUCUGCAUAUAAAUUAAAUAAAGACACUUUUCAGUUUUAAUGGUAGUUGCUCAUGUGCUAUUGUAUAUUUAUCAUGGUUGUGAAUCUGAUGAAAUUCACAUUUUUAAAAAAAACAGAUGUGAGAAAACAUGAAGCACCUGAUACAGUUUUGUCUAUUGAUUAUCCUAUUUUUUAAUUAAAAAUAGGCUUUGACAAUUGGAAACAUAAAAAUAUUGCAAUAUAUUAGUUAUUCAGAAGAGGGUGCUCUGCUAUUGAAAUUCAUGCCCUACUCUAAGAAAAGCAACACAGCAUUUACGGAUGACAUAAAUUAUGAAUACAUUUAAUUUCUUAGAGGCUUUUCAUAAGCAUAUUAAUUUGAAUAAAAUGUACAGCUGUAGAAAUAUUGAGAUAUUAAUUUAGCAAGCAUUCAGAAUAUUCAUUCACAAAGCUGUAAUUCUAGGCUAUAUUGAGAUUUUAUUGCAGCAUAUGCUAGUGUACCUAAAGAUCGGUCAGUGCUUCUGUUAUAAAUCCUUUUCCUGGGUUUAUAACCUACAGGUUAAAAUGUCUUUGGCGGGCUUAAACUUGCGCACACAGCCUAGAUAUGGAGUGAUCUUUUUUCUCCCCUCACAACCCCCUUACUUAUUAACUUUCACAAUUUGUAUAUAAUAUAUCUAUUUUUCUUAUAGUAGUUCACAGGUCAGAGUAAAAGUUCUGUAUUCUUGAAUCUUCUGCAACUUGUUUGUGGUUUUAAAAGCAAUGUUCCCAAUCCAUGAGGUGGGCCCUACAUCUUUUCUAUUUUUCCCCUUGAAAUAAAAUAGUUGAGGUCUGACAGUAGUUGCCAUUCACGUUUAUCUUUUUUAUAAGAAAUUGUGCCACUUAUUGGCUAAGAUAUAGUUAUAACCCGAUGCGUACUGGUGGUCAUGUGUUUACAGCAUACUCCAGCAUAGCGCCAAAAACCAUCACAACGGGUAAAUAGCAUGGUUCAGAUUCUCCUUUCCAAUGCAUUGAUGAGACUCCCCUUUUAAAUGGACACACCUAACUUUAAAUCACACGUGUAUUCUGAACAUUUUUGUAAUCUGCUAAUUGUUCUGGAUUGCAUUCACUUCAGCUGGAGUGGUGGGUGCUAACACCUUUGAAAACAGGCCCUUACUUAUUUUUCCCUGUUUGGGCCUUUUUACAUUCUAGAAUUCUACAAUAUAAAUGCAAUCAAGAGAAUCUGAUUUUGAUAACAGGAUGAAGACAGCCAUGACUUAGCAGUCAUAGACAGGGCAAAUCUUAUUCGGCUCCAUGUUAACCGACCAAGAUUAACUCCUGGUCCAAGCAAAAUCUAAUCCCAGUUAUUUGGCUUGAUGAUGAUGAAUAAGAUUUGUCUGGUCUCCACUAACCAUACAGUCACAAUUGUCAGUAUUAUGUUAACUAACUAGCAACAAAGGAAAGAAAAAUAUUUGUAAUAGCAAAACGUGCUUAUAAAACUAUAAAAUUGACUGGGGCACUCAGGCAAUUGUAAUACUAGAAACUUCCUUCUAAUUCACUUUUUGUAAUUGACUCGUUUUUAAGUUUUUGGUAUCCUUGUAAGUCGGAGCCAUUCUGAGGUCAGUGCACAGUUCUGUGCUCAUAUUUAGAUUGCAUUUCAGUCAGGUAUUUUUCCUUGUGUGUAUAGACUUGUAUCCUGCGCUUUAUUUUUAUUUUUUUAAUGCGAUGUUAGUCAUGGUAUGUUUUAAUAGGUGUAAAAUUUAGGUCCUCCCUAGCAGUCCAAUGCACUUUUUUCUAGAAGAUAAUAUUCACUGAGGAGACAAUGCUGAUUAUUUCCAUUGGGUUUUGUGGUCUUUGCGCCAAAACCUACAAAGAUUUAUGAACUUGAUUAAUUUUUAGCAUGUAUGUCUAGCAAUUACACUCAGCACUGUGCUUGCAGUGUUCUUCACUGGGGUAAGCAGGCUUAGUUGCGAUCCAAAAUAGCCUCCUUACAAAGUGCAACUUACUGUCUUUAGCUGGAAAAAAUAUUAUCUAAGUAUUGUUCCGUAGCUUUCAAUUGCAUUAAAAAUGUUAAUGUAAUACAUGUUGACUUCUUAAAGAAUACCCGAAUGUUGAAAACAUACCACUGUUCCUUAGUUCAGAUAUAAGAGUAACACAUUUUUGAAAUUCCUUGUAUGUAUGCUCUUUGUUUCCUAUUUCAUUACAUAGUAUGACUGCAAAUUUCUUCUUUUUUUUUAAACUGUCAACUAGAAAUAAUCUAGAAUAUUUUUAGAUUUAAAAAGAGAUUACUGCAACAUUUUAGUACCCUGGUUGAUCCUUCUGAAUGUGAACUAUCCACUUUAAAAAAAUAUGCUCUGAUCUUGUUCUUAGGAACUGUAGCUGCUUAUUGAGCACAGUGUAGGGUAACAAAACACCGCUUGUUUUGUGUGAACAGUACUUACACAUUCCGUAUGUUUAAGGCCCAUUCCUGCAAGCACUGCCUGCUCAAAAUUCCUAUUUGCUUCACUGAGUGCUGAAUAUUCACUGAGCCCAGGAUUGGGGUCCUUUGGGAUAGAUCUUCAGCUGGAGUAAAUCAGCAGUGUGCCAUUGAACCAAGUGGUGCUAGGCUGACUUACACCAGCUGUAAUGUUUUGGAAGUCUGAAUUACUUUCAUAGUUUUAAACUAUCCUUUGUUUCUCUUUAACAUUUCCCUGUCUUCUGUGCCCACAUCAUCUGCAACGGUCUUUACAUUUCCAGGUUCAGAGUUGUUAAUUUAAAAUGUUUGCAUCCAUCAAAUGUAACCCUGAUUAUUGUAUUGGCUUCUCUUUAAAGAGGAAAUGGAAACUACUGUUGUUAGGAUUUCAGUCUGUAUCUUCAAAGUUUACAUUCCUCAUUAGCCAUAUGUCUACUACUAACUCAUGUAGCUCUUAGAACUCUAGCCAUCUAAUCUUUAUAGUUUUUUUUAUAGUAAAACAGAAUGAUUUUUUAUUUUUGUAGCAUAUACCUUCAAUAUGUAUAAUAGAAAUAAUGAUUCAAAAACCAUACUAUGAAUAUUGUAAAAAUGUGAAUUUCAAGAGCUGUAACUGUGAGUUAGUCAGAGUCACUUAAAUAAUAUUUGUGAGAAAUUACCAGCACAUCAAAGGUUUACAAAAGCCUAUUCUUUAGGAUAGAAGUAGUCUGAUAUUGUAAUAUGUUUGUAUUCAAUGUGCAUACGCAGAUUCUGAAAUUGCACUAAAUAAGAAACCAAGAGUUUUUUACAAAUCUAAGCACUGGAUCAAAAUGCUGAAUUUGUAAUAUUUAGUGUUCUUUUUAUCCAGAAAAAAUGAUGGGUGGUUGGUCAGUGGUUUUGCCACCAAACGGUAAUGCAGGAAUCCAUCAAUUUAUUCAGAAACAUAAUUUUGUGCCUAAUGUUCCAUAAGAUGUGGCUAUCAUUCAGUGAAGUGCCCAGAAAUUAACAAAUGCCCAUUUUUCCACCACCACCUCCCCAUAUUCCCUUCCCCACCCAAAAAAAGAAAAUGACACAUUGUGUAUUCACAGCUGCAAAGUGCUUGAGGUCUUCUUUGUAAAAGAAUGACCAACCAGCAUGAUACUGCAUUUCCAAAGUAUCUUUUUAAAAGGCAGAAGAUACACUUACAUUUUCCUUGGCAUCAAGAGAUGCAUGUAGCCCCCCAGGUAGAAUUAGCUGCUCUUCUGCUUUCAAAAAGAAUGAAUAAGCUGUAGGGGGAAAGUGUUAUACAAAACUCUAGUCAUAAAAGUAGGGAACAGUUUUUUUGUUUUUAAACAAUCUUCUGUACCUUCCUGUACACAAGCAGUAAUGUGACUUUGGAAACUUUUUGUGGUCAAACUUUUUGCUUUAUGUUUAUUUACUCUUUGGGCUUGAUCAUAUUCUCCUUAAGCGACAAUAUGCCCAUUGACUUGAAUGGGAGUUUUGCUUGCCUGAGGAGUAUGUGUUUGGUCGCUUUGACAGUGCACUGACCAGUUUAGUUAAUCAUUGCAUGCAGGUGUUGUGUAUUUUGUUGAGAAGUAAAAAAAUAUUUGAGCGAGCUGUUCGUAAACAAUUGUAAAUGCAGAGUAACUCCCAGGGAAGUCAGCAGAACUCCUUUGAUUUCAGUGGAGUUACUCAGAUUUAAUCCGUUAAUUUGUGUCCUGCUCAUUUUUAUGACUUAGAAGAGAAGAUGUGCAGAAAGGAAUCCUUUUGAAAGGAUGUCUGCUUCAUAUUCCUCUUAGAUGUUUGUAAAUAAAUAAAAACUAUUUUCAUACCACUGAUUCUGUUGCUGAAUUUCCUAAAGCAUCUUUCUGUUGUCUUGUUGAUCUGUAUUGUAUUUCUCUAUAUGAACUAGACUGAAGAAAAUGUGUGUGGAUUAAAACAUUUGAAUCCAUUUUGUUUGUUCCAUGUCCAUUCACAAAUCUGAACAUCAGCUUUCAAAAUCUGUAAUAAAUUAGUGAGAAUAUUUGACACCUA